CUGUGUCAUUGACAGGUCCAGGACCGGGUUCCAGGGGGGGCAGAAGGGAGGCGGCACUCGCCCCUUUGGGCGAUGUGCAUGCCAGGCGUGGAGAUAGCAGAGUCAAUGGAAAACCAAAAAAAGACCCAGUCGAAUGGGAGGAGGAGCCGGACCCCAGCCCGCCGCAGGCAGGCCAGCGGUACGGCCCUGCUGCUUCCCGUGGAGCGUACCACAGGGCCGCGCCACGCACCGCUGCAACUGCGCACAGCUUGCUGCUAGCCGCCUGGGCCGCAUUGUGGAUUUCAACUUGUGAUCGCGGACCGAUGCGAGGGCCUGCAGCUCCUCCUGGGAUCGUCGCUCGACCGGAUCGCUCUCGCUCCUCCCCCUUGCCCCUGCCCGCCUGCCCGGCCGCCUUGGUGCUAUCUCUCCACGCCCCUGUCUGCCUGCCUGUUUUUUUCUCCCUCUCCCCCUCGCCUCCCAGCAGAGAGUGGCUCCUACUAAGGCUCCUCUCCUGCACCCGAGUCGUUCUUGUCCCGUUUUGUGUCACCGCCCCCCCUCCUUUACCCUGAGGCUAACAAACUCUGCUACUGUAUAGGACGUCAGCACCAACGGGGGUCGGUUAGUAGCCUCGCCUCAUUCCCUGAGCUUACUCUUUUUUUUGUGUGUGUUUGUUCCGUCUGGGGGUUCCAUCGUAUAGGCCCCAUUCGCGGUCACUCCGCACUACCGUGUUCGCAACCCGUGUGGAGCACACACCCUGCUGCCUACGGGUUUAUGUACUGCUUCCGGACUUAGACGAGGCUGAACAAUACGCCAAUAUGGACGGCAAGACGAAGCUCAAUCAGGAUUUCUUCGACAACGAAGCGGCAAGCUACGAUGCGAAGCACGAGAAGACAACCGCUGAGAUAGCCCGGCGCAUCGAAGCGCGGAGGGGUCUGAUCGGCGUUCAAUGGGUCGAGGACGACGAAGACGACUCCAACGAGGAGGGACGGGCCGUGAGGGUCCUUGACUACGCCUGCGGCACCGGUUCGAUGUCUAGAGCCUUUGCGCCGUACACUACGCAAUGCGUGGGCAUUGACCUCUCAGAGAAGAUGGUGGACAUGUACAACACGCGGGCUCGUAAUCAGGGCCUUUCCGAGGAUGAGAUGGUCGCGUUCCAGGGCAACCUCUGCGUCCCCGGGGACGAGGACCCCGAGAGCUUCCGCGACCCCAAGUUCUCCGGGUUCGACCUCGCCGUCAUCGGGCUCGGCUUCCACCACUUCGACAACCCGGACCUGGCGGCGAAGAGGCUCGCGGCGCGGCUGAGGCCGGGCGGGGUCCUUAUGAUCCUUGACUUUUUGCCGCACGCGCCGCAUGGUGGUCAUGAUGAUGAUGACGACCACCACCAUCAUCAUCAUCAUCAUCAUCAUCAUGGCCACGACGAUGGCCAUGGCCAUCAGGGCGGGGCCGAUGUGGAAGCUGCGGUUGUCGAAAAGGCCCUGGAGACGGUGACGCACCAUGGUUUCUCGGAGGAGCGCAUCAGGGAGGUGUUUGUUGGUGCCGGGGUGGGGAAGGAUUUCCUGCUCGAGGGGAUGGGGCAGGUCAAGUUUGGGGAGAAGCACGGGAAGAGGACUCUGUUUCUGGCGAGGGGUACGAAGGAGUGA